CCGGGGGAGGGAGGGCAUCGCCCGCCCGCCCCGCCGGGAGAGAGCUCCGGGAGCCGCGCCGGGACGGCCGCGCCGAGGCACCAUGCGGGCUGCGGGGCUGCUGCCGCUGCUGCUGCUGCCGCUGCUGCUCGGUGUCAACUCCCAGGAUAACGCAGAUUCCAUAACCACGACAACAGCCACGACCACAGCGGGAACCACCACGGAAACCACCACGGAAACCACCACGGGAACCACCACGGAAACCACCACGGGAACCACCCCUGCAGCCACCACAGAAACCUCAACAGCCAUCUCCACGACAUCCACCUCAAAUGAAAUCACCACCAUCGCCACUACGACCAAGGAAAGAGCCACUCAGGCCACUGUGGCAGCACCCACCACUGGACAAAGCUUCACCACUGCAAGUGACCCGGGAAAGACACCGUCCCCCACUACAACGUCACCUGUCGUGGUGGCAGYGACCACCCCCACGACAUCUGGGAGCAAAUUGCCCGCCAGCACCGCCACAWCUGGCACAUCUGGGCAGGACAGCUCCUCCCACAGCACCAGAGCCCCCACAACCGCCCUGGCACCAAGCCCCACCACUUCCCAGCAGCCCAGCAGUGCUAUAGCCAGUCCAGGAAACCUGGGGACCACCACGGCUGUGAACCCCAUCCCUGCUAAUGCCACCAGCCCUCCAGGAGCUGUAGGRGCUGCUGGCACAUCCUCUCCCAGCACACAGCCUCAGGGAAACCCGCCCAACACCACUGUGAGCRCCGCAGCGCCGGGGACUGACCCUUCCCAAAGCUCCAAGGAGUGUGUUGUGCCUCCUCCCACAUGUCCCAUCAAUCAGACUUCUUCUUCCAGUUCUCCAGCCCAGGGACCAGCCCCUUCCAUGAGUCCUGGAAGCACCAACACUUCUGUUACCCCUCCAGUUGGAUCCCCAUCCCUCRCCACCACUAAAACACCUCCGAUGUCACAACCGGGCAGCAACGACACGGUCUCAGAGGCACCCACCACCACAGCUCAUGGGGCAGACCAGAGCACCCAGGAUGGAUCUGUAUCAGACAAACGCCCCAGUGCCUCCCAGAGCCCUGACAGUGCCCAUCCACCGGCCCCAAGCCCGGGGAACCACACAGACCUGACAGGGAGCUGCAGUCCUGGCCUCCCGCACCACAAAGUUUCUGUCCAGAAUGAGUUCAUCUGUGAAGACCAGGUGCAGCUUACCAAGCCCACCAUUCAUCUGAAAGAAGCCAAAACCUGUGAUCAGUGGAGGGCUGACAGCAGUGACAUCUCCUUCUUUGAGAGCUUCUGCUCGACGGCGCAGCGCGCGUUCGACGCCGGCAGGGACGGCUGCACGGUGAAGCUGAUGGCCUGCAAACCCCGCUCYCACGACUGGGCUGUGCAUGUGGUCCUGCACCUUCCCCUGGACUCUGAAGAAGUCCUCAAGGAGCUCAAGGAGGACAAGUUAGAGAAGCUCGGCAUCGUCAACAUCACCUCUGGCAAGAUGGUGGAGGACAUGACCAUCACYGACGAGUUCAGCACGCCCCUCAUCAUCACCAUCAUCACCCUGGCCGUGUCCCUGCUGCUCAUCGCCGCCAUYUACGGCUGCUACCAGCGCUUCUCCCACAAGAAGGAUCAGAACAUCCACCCUGAUGUCCCCGGGUUUGAUGAUGGACAUGUGGCCCUGAUCUUUAAUCAGCGCCUGACCGAGGAGAUGCAGACCAUGGAGAAUGGCUACCACGACAACCCCACACUGGAAGUGAUGGAGACCUCCUCUGAAAUGCAGGAGAAGAAGGUGAACCUCAACGGUGAGCUGGGGGACAGCUGGAUCGUUCCUCUGGACACCCUCAUGAAGGAGGACCUGGAGGAGGAGGAGGACACGCAUUUAUAGGAUGCAGAAUUCGAUCAAGAGAAAAACGACCGUUCCCCGAAAAUCCCCCAUAAACCCUACACACACGCACACACAACUCCAAAAUAAGGCAGAAUUCCCCCCAAAAUGAGAAAAACCCUUAAUGAACUAAUCGUGACCCCCUGUGCCACCACAUGGGGUGCAGGAUGGAAGAGGAAAGGACAUGAGAAGACACCUCUGGGGCACAUCAACACAAGCCACUUUGGUGGCCACAUCUGGACAAGCAUCCUCCAUCCCCCACCCGCCUCCCACACCAGACCUGACCAGCCAAGGGCAAAUAGGGUGGCUUUGCUCCUGAAGAGCUGCUGGUCCCCUYCCAUCCCACAUCUGACCACGCCACCUGCAUCCUCCAGCUACGGAGCGAUUCAAAAACCAAGAGAAAUGAAAUAAAUAGGACGGGAGAUGGAGCACGUCUGACAGCAAAGCAGCACCUGGCAAUUAGAGCUCGAAAAAUCCUCUGGCCCACGCUGUUUAGUCAUCACCCUGCCCUCCCUGACGCCCAGGUAUUGAGUGGAAAAAGCUGGAACAGCCUGUUCCUUUUUAAUCUGGUUUCCAUCUUCUCCUCAGAGCUAAAACGCACAAGAGGCCCACGUUGUGCCAUAGGCAAACGGAUGCAUCCGGACCCAGCAGGAUGGGAGGGAUGCAGCRGUGCCAAGGGAUGCUCAGCCCUGCUGCCAAGGGCUGUGGAACAGAUCCUGCACCCACUUGGAGACCAAGAGGUGCAGCAGCUUCUUGUUUUGAAAGGAUGAGGUGGAGGGAUGRGAAAAGGAGGAAUUCCUUGAGUUCRUYCCUCUUAGG